CUGGAUCUGUGAUUUGCGGGCUCCCACCUCUUUCCCUCCCCCCGCCUCUAGAGUGCUAGCGCAGCACAAUCUGAGGCAUACGAUUUCUUUUGGAACUAUUUUUCGAGGUGUGUACAUCAAUUAUUAAUUUGACUGUAGGAACCGAAAAGAAAAUAGAAAAUUAGGAACAGAAAUUUAGAAAGUUAAACCAGGAUCGAGUUCCCGGCACCAAAUUUUUCACCUUUAGAAGUGUCGUCUGCAAGACAUUUUGAAAGAUGUCCAAACUGACAACCGUGGCAACGACCAGCGACAAGCCGGAGUUGAUCGUUAGCUUUAAGGAAGAGGCUCCGUAUUUCAACAGGAUAGCCGUAGGCGCCACCGAAGAGCAGUACACUGGCUUCGUCGUGGACCUCCUCCGCGAGGUGGCGCGUCUGGCCGACUUCAACUACAAGUUCCGGCCGGUAGCAGACGGCAAGUACGGCGCCCAGCAGGCCCACAGAUGGAACGGUGUCAUUGGCGAGGUUGUUGACGGGACAGCCCACAUUGGGGCCGGCGCCCUAACCGUGACGUCAGAGCGGGAGGAGGUGGUCGACUUCACCAAACCUUUCAUGUCCAACAGCGUCAACCUCUUGGUCCAGAAACCCUCCUGGACUGACCUUGGCCUUGGCUACCUCGUCCGUCCUUUCUCAGCAGAUUACUGGAUUAUGCUCCUUGUAGCUCUCCUACUUAUCGGCAUCGUCUUCUUCAUCAUCGGCAAGUUCAGCCCGUACGAGUGGGGUAACGUAGCAGCAGACCGCGACCCCAGAGGCGCCAAAAACAGCUUCACCCUCAGGAACAGCUACCUCUUCGCCCUCAGCACCAUCACCUGGCAAGGGUUCCGAGAAGCGCCCCACUCCCUCUCGGGGCGCAUCAUGGCAGCCUUCUGGUGGAUGUUCGUCCUCUUCAGCCUGAUCGCCUACACGGCCAACUUGACCGCUUUCUUCCUGGCCAGGCCGGAGCAGAUGCCUCAGCUGCCGUUCAAGACAUACGAGGAUCUCGUGGCCAACUCUGACCUUCAUGUCAUGGCCUUGAACUUCGGCUCGACUCAAAAACUGCUUUAUGGCAGCCACAGCGAGACUCUCAAGAGGCUUUGGUCAAAGAUGAAUGCUGAGAAUUCCUUCGUUUCUUCAUACACAGAGGGUGUCGAGAGAGUAAAGAAGUCCAAGGGCAAGUUCGUUAUGAUGAUGGAGUCUGCGAGUGCUGAGUACUACGCCAGGCAGAACUGUGACAUCAUGGUCUAUGGUGACGACCUCUUCCCAUCCUCCAUGGGCUUCGUCGUGCAGAAGAACUCAGUUUGGAGGAGGAAGAUCAAUGAGGCCAUGGACAAGUUGAACGAACAAGGGUUUGUGCAACAACUGAAGGACAAGUAUUGGCGCCAGGGUGGAGAGUGCAGUGGUUAUGAUGGUCGAAAAUAUAUGGACAAGGCCAAAUAUCUGAGCUCUAUGCCCAUCUACCCAAUCACCCUGAAGGAUAUGGCUGUGGCCAUCUUGUUGCUGUUCCUGGGCUUCAUCGCGUCCAUGGUGUUCCUUGUGAUUGAGAUCAUCCACUACGCUGUCACCAAGAAGGGCAAGAAGAUUGAGAGACCCAAGAUCUUGAAGAACCCACCCAAGAUCUUCAGACCCAAGACAAAGGCCGCCAAGGCAGGGCCAACCGAUGUAGAGUUGGGAGGUGAAGCUGGGCCGUCCUCCGAUGGCCUGGAGAGUGUCCCCCUAGAGGACGCCGAGGAUCUGGGGGCCACGAGUGGUGAUGAGCUCCAGGGUGAGGAUGAAGGGGACAAGAAGGCCUAGGCUCAUUUUAACUAAUUAGGAAUUAUUCAAAGUGUUCUAGGAUAUAUUGACAUCAAGUUUUACAGGAAAAAUGCAGUCUACACUCUAAAGUAUGGCCUGUUGACAAUAAUACAAUCUUUUUAAAAUGAGAUUAUCAGACUAAUAUAUAACAAAUACUCAAUUAGUUAUGAAUGAAUUAAUUAGCAAUUGUUGCAAAAGUUUAGAUUAUUUUUACAUAAAUAAAUAAUUAAAUAGAUUUGGUCAUGCAAGUGUACCAGUCGCGCACAUAUAGAUUUAAUUUAAUUUAAUCUCUUCAUACAUUAAACUCUAACUAUUUAUGGAAUGUAGUUUAGAUUUGUCAUUAGUGUGAAAUGUGAAUCUUUAAUGUGAUUGGUUACAGGUUUUGUGAAUGUCAGGAUGAAUAUAAAUAAUUUCUACUUAUUUUUAAUUCAUUUUUUUUAUCACUGGGAUGCGAAUUUUCAAAGAGUUUUUUUUUAGUCCAGAUAGUAACUCUAUAUUCUACUUUUUAAAUAAAUUCAUUUUGUUAUUCUGUUUUACAUCUGAUACUACCAUUUGUUUCUUUAAAAGUUUUUUUUGCUAAUUUUUUGUUUUUCAUUUACUCUUGUCUAAAUCUCAUUCCAUUUUAUGUUUGACAUUUACAGUGAUCAAAGCAUUUAUUUUAAUUCAUUUUUAUGUUCAUAUCAGAAUCAUUCUUUUUGACCUGAAGAUAUUUAUCUGUAUUAGUCCAUUACUUCAAUGUUUAAUGGCAUUAGCUUGCUGUCAACUAUUUAUUUCGCCAUGUAUUUUAAUUUACACAGAAUCUAGUUGUUUUGUUUUUCUAACAAAUUUAGUCACUUGCACCUGAUCCCUCAACACUUUAGACUUUUCUAAAGAUUUUUAUCUUACAAGUUUUUCACUUGCACAUAAAAGUCAAACUAGCUCUGUGUGGAUUGUUUCCCCUUCAGUGCUCAAGUAGUAAAUUAUAAGUCAUGGGCAAUAACAACAGCAACAUAUAUUUUUAUAUCAAGUGGAAAACAUUUCAUUUAAGUAGAUCCAAGUCAACUAAAAGCAUAUUAACAUACAUUUAACACACAAAUAUGGACGAUAAGUUUGCUAGUGUCUAGCUAAUUUACAAUGUACAUUCAUUUACUCCACUUAAAAAAAAUAAUUGCCCAAAGCAAUAAUUUUGCAGCUAAUGAUUUUUAAAAGUUUUAGAACAUGAAUUUAGAUCCUUUGAAAUCCUACAGGGAAAGUACAUGGCAUAAUUAAUCAGUAUUUUAAAAUAUUAACUACCUUAUUUGAAAAUGUACGCUGAAAGUUGAGAAGUUUGUUUGCUAAUCUUAACAAAACCCUGGUGAACAUGUAAAAUAUUUUUAAGCUUUUUUUUUCUGCUGAUAAAGAACUCAUCUCUGUGAUCUUUUAGAAAUGUGAUAAACAGAAGGAGAUUAAAAACUAUAACUUCACAAUUGUACCAGAUGAUUACAUGUUUAUAUCGAGGCUAAAGCCUAUUAUAUAUUUUAUAAUUAAUAGAAUUUUAAGUGUCCAUAUAUUUUAAGUUUAUAUAAGGACUAUGAGUUUACAUUAUGCACUAAGAUUUGACUUGAGAUAGCUGGGAUUGCUUUUAUGUGUUUCUAUAAGUUAAAAAUUGCACUGCUAUCCUUUCUUUAUUGUUUGUAGUUGGCUAAUUGUAUUUCAGAAUUGUAAACAUUCUGUAUAUCCUUCGGUGCCUUAAUAAAGCAAUGGCAUUUUGUAUACUGA